AUGGUCUCGGCGGCUCGCCGCAACGCCGCGGAAGCCUUCGCCGCAGACACUUGGGCUCGGCGGCUCGCCGCAACGCCACGGAAGCCUUUGCCUGACCGCGAGCCUGCCCGGCUCUGGGCGGCCGUGCGUGAGGAGGUCGUCGCCAGCACGCCUUUGCAGCCGCUGGUCCCCGACGUCUAUGCCCAAAAUGGACUCUUCGACCAGCUUGACGACCUGGUGAAUCGAACUAACGAGCGCAUCCUGGCGAUCAAGUUGAGAGAGCAGGAGGCUGCGGGCUUCCAGUACAUCCACUUCACAAGAGAGCGCCUGAAGCCGAUGCUGGUGGCAAAGGAGAUGAGGUUCCACGGGAUCGCGGCGCACCCGCCGCAGGUGGCGUUCUACCAGCAGCUGGCCCGCCGUGCUGGCAUACGGACCGUGUGUGAGAUCGGCUUCAACGCAGGCCAUUCCGCCGCCGUGUGGCUGACCGCCAGCCCAACCUUGCACGUGUACUCGUUCGACCUCAUGGAUACUUCGAUGGGCCUUGCGGCGGUCGACUACUUGCAGCGCCGAUUCGCCGGCCGGCUGACCGCCUUUGGAGGUGACUCGUUGGUCGAGGUGAAGAAGGCCAGGCUGCCUCCGUGCGACCUGAUCCACGUGGACGGCAAACACGAUUACGAGCACGUUAUCCAGGACACGCUGAACAUGCGACGGCACGCGGCGCCAGCUGCCAUCUUCCUGUUCGACGACGUCUGCGACACGAAAGAUUGCUCACUGACGAAAAAUAUCUACGCGGGCGGCCCGGCGUUGGCUGUCUGCGAUCUGGUCGGCAGUGGCCUGCUCCGUGGGCCCAUCGAGGCGAAGUUCGAAGACAAGAGCCGUCAGUGGGCGACCUACGAAGCGGGCAGCUCGGCCUUGCCGCCUCGCGGGCUGCCAGCGGGCGAGCGCUGCAACAUGACGUGGCGGAGCUCGAGCUCGCAGAGGGCUUGGGCGGAGGGUGGGAUGGCGCGCAAGAUACAGUCUCAGCAGUUGCACGUCGGGCGCAUGAGUCUUCGCCGCUCGGGACCGUGA